AUGUUCAGUUCGAAGAAGGCUAGAAACGACAGAUAUGUCGAAGACGACGGAAACAGUGAUCAGUCACGCUCGUCAUCCUCGAGAAAGCCAGCAGUACCAGCAGAGGUGCAAGCGAAAGGGUCCAAGAAGCAUUUUCCGCAGGGAAUCAAGCUCUUCUCUGAGCCAGAGACCCCUGGAUCUUGUAACAUGGAGUGAGUGCUUCCUCGCGUUCUGUUCAUACCUUUCAAGCUCUUGUGGCACUAUAUGGCUUGGGCGGAUCAGGGCUUGUCAUAACGCAAGAUUUGAAGACUCGUUAACUGACUCACACCAGGAAAACCCAAAUCGCCAUAGACUAUGUCUACAGGUCAAAAAAGGAGUUCGCACAGCAGUCAAUAUUUUGGAUUCACGCGAGCAGUCAUGAUCGUUUCACGCAGGCCUUUACAGAUAUCGCCAAAGAACUUCAGAUUCCCGGAAGAGACGACCCAAGCGCAGAUAUUUUGCUUUUAGUAAAAUCCUGGCUCGCAAGAUCAGAAAAUGGUAGCUGGCUUAUGGUCUUGGACAACGCUGAUGACGCGGAAAUCUUCUUUGAUUCACAGUCCACCAAAGCUCAGCCAUCUGACAAUGCACAACCACUUAUUUCUGGUAGUUUGAGACAACAUGUCCCGGAUUGCUCACAUGGUUCACUGCUAGUUACCACAAGAGAUAAAGCAACUGGCACCAAAAUUACCACAAAUCGUAGCCGGAGCAUGAUCAAAAUAGCAGAAAUGGAUCCAGAAGAACCACGCCGGCUGAUUUGUGCAAAGACUGAAAGCCUGGAUUCGGCCCAGGAGAAUGAGAUUGUCGAUCUUUUAGCCAAGCGCCUCCAUCAUAUUCCUCUCGCGUUAGCCCAAGCUUCAGCAUACAUUGUAGUGAAUUCAAUAGACAUCGCUGAGUAUCUUGAGAUUCUAGAUGAAAGCGAAGAUUCCAUGGUAGAACUGCUCAGCGAGCCUUAUGUUCCUGAGGGCAGAGACUCCGGUGUUCCGAUUGCUGUUGCUGCCACCUGGAUUGUGUCCUUCAAGCAAAUUCAAAAGAAGACUCCCGAGGCAAGCACAGUCCUCUCUACUAUAUGCUGGUUUGACCGUCAAGGCAUCCAAAAGGUUAGUCUACGAACCCAAAGCCUUCACACAGUUCAUCUAAGGGUAGUAAGAUGAUCGAAAUUUCUUCGCGUGUAUUUUGAAUCAAUCUUCCAGCCCAUAAACUCUCAGAUAACAGUCGGACUAACGAUAAAGCUGUAGGACCUUCUCCAAUCCUGUUUAUUGAAAGAAGGAGAUCUGAAGAACCGACACUCCAGUUUUGAUCAAACAAAGGCGCUGUCCACUCCCCACAUCACCAAAGCCAUCGGCGUUCUCAAGGCAUUUUCAUUCGUCACAGAAGGCCCAGACAAGUCUCUCACCAUUCAUCGUUUGAUUCAGUUGGUCACCAGGAAAUGGCUACAACAAGAGAAGCAAUCCGCCCCGUGGCUGGGACGUGCCAUUCUUGUACUCCAGUACAUUUUUCCAUACAAGGAUCUCGAGAAUGAAAAAAGGAAAACUUGUCUUGAACUUUUGCCACAUGCAUUAUCAGUUUUGAGUAUCGAUGAAGUUGGGGUUUCCAGUGAUAUUGUUCCAUCGAGGUGCGAAUUACAGGACAGCGUUGCACUUACACUUUACGUUCAGGGCAGACAUAAAGAGGCAGAAAGAAUCGCCUUGGAAGUUGUUAAAGCACGAGAGAAAAUAUUAGGCUGUGAUCAUUAUCAUACUCUUAAUAGUAAAAGUAUUCUCGCUCUCACGCAAUACCAGCAAGGAAAAUAUAAAGAGGCCGAGGCACAUUAUACAGCGGUACUACAAGUCAAAGAGAGGGUAUACGGUCUAGAGAAUCCUUCAACACUUUCAGCUAUGUACAAUCUCGGAAAAUUAUAUGAACAACAGGGACAGUACCAGAAAGCGCAAGAGCUCCAGUCGAAAGUCUUAGAACGUAAAACAAAGCUGGGACCAGGAGAAACCAAAACUCUUCGCACCAUGCUUGCGGUUGCUAGCUUAUAUGGACGUCGAGGACGAUUCAAGGAUGCCAAGAAGCUUCAAGCUGAAGCCUUGGAGAUAUGUAAACGCUCUCUAGAUCCGGAGCAUCCUCGCACAUUGGCGUGCAUGAAUAACCUCGCCCUCACAUACAAAAAUCAAGGCCAAUACCAAGAUGCAGAAAAGCUUCAGUUGGGAGUCCUUCAUAUCAGGAAGAAAAACUUUGGGCUAGAGGACCCAGAAACACUGAAAGCCAUGGGAAACCUCGCGACGACAUAUUCAGCGCAAAGCAAAUAUGAGGAUGCCGAGAAAAUACAGACUGAAGUCCUUAAAUCGAGUAAACUACUAUUUGGAAACGACUCCCCGGCUACGUUACUUGAUAUGAAUAAUUUAGCGAGUAUUUAUAGGGGUCAAGGAAGAUACCAGGAAGCAAAAAAACUUGCAUUGGAAACUUUGGAAGGACGACAGAGAGUUCUGGGUAAAGAUCAUACGGACACUCUAACAGCUAUGAACAAUUUAGCGAAUACUUUGAAAAGACUAGGCAGUAACCAGGAAGCCUUGAAACUCAUGAGAGAGUGUGUGAGACUUCGAAUAGAGCGUUAUGGGGAGGACUUUUUUGACGAGUGUAAUCCACGUGAGGGUCUAAGGAUUUUGGAAGAGGAAGCUUUGGAGUUGGAUGAUGGAGGAGGUGGAGAAACACAUCUGUAA